AUGGCGCUCACGCAGGUCUAUGAGAAGACCAUGCGCCCUCUUCUAGACACAAUAGACACCCUCAGGAAGAUUGGCGUGGCCGAUGAAGGCAUCAAGCUGCCUACCAUCGUGGUCAUCGGGGAUCAGUCAAGUGGGAAAAGCUCUGUGAUUGAGCGGCUGUCGGGAGUCUCUCUGCCACGAGGAAAGGGAAUAGUGACGCGGGUCCCAUUGGUCAUGAGAAUCAAAAGCAGCGAGUCUACAGAAGAACUGGACAUCUUGAUUGAGUACGGGAGCGAGAAGAAGAAUAUAAUGCAUGAGGAAGUGGAAGAAGCGGUGAGAGAAGCGACCCGGAUCCUGGCCGGUGAUGAGAAGGGCGUUUGUCCUAAGCCUAUCAACUUGAGUGUCUGUGGACCCGACCUCCCAGAUCUCACUCUUGUGGACCUGCCAGGUAUCACGAGAGUCCCAAUCAAGGGCCAGCCGCAGGACAUUUACCAGCAGGUUGUGAACAUGAUAAGAGAGCAGAUCAAGCCGGAAGAGACGGUAAUCCUAAACGUCAUCUCGGCUGAAGUUGAUUGGGCCACCUGCGAGUCCUUCAACUUGUCCAAGGAAGUCGAUCAAGAAGGCUCCCGGACUCUGGCGGUGGUGACCAAAGUUGACAGGGAGCCAGACGGCGCAUACGAGAAGGUCCUGGCUAAUGACGUCAAUGUGGGUCUAGGGUACGUGCUGAACAAGCUUACGGAGAAACAGAGCGCCCUUCAGAGGCUUCCACCAAGCGUUGUGACUGAGGCGGAAGCCAUGAUGGAGUUUCUGCGGAUCACGAGCGAAAGGACCCGAAUCAUGGAGGGCCUCAUGCUGAGGGGUGACAGGCACGUUGAAUUUUAUGACGACGAGGAGAUGCUCUAUCCCUCGAAGCUCAACUCGCUAUUCGAGGAUCUUGAGGAGACUCUUCGAGGGGCUACCUCCAAGUUUUUCUCAGAGGGGUUCAGGAACAGGGUCAAGACAGCCACGGUGGGAUUCGCAGUGGCGAACUUCCUGUCUCACUCGGUCUUCAAACAGCUCCUGCACGAGGAGGUGGAGAAGUGCAAGCCCGUCUGUUUCGAAGUUCUCGAGAAAGUUGUGGAGUAUACCUUGCGGGUAUCUGACGAGGUCAUCGACAUCUGUGCGGCGUCGUUGCCAGGUUUGGCCACGACCAUGAAAGAAACGGCUGGACAGAGACUCGGCGCUUCCCAACAGACUGCCUACAAGUUCAUCGAAAGGGAACUGGAGAAGAGUCAGGCCAUAGUGUGCACGUUCAACCACUACUACAUGGACACUGUGAGCAGCCUGACGAAGGGGUUGGAUGAGUGCAAGGACCUCCAAUGUGCGCACGGGCACGACGCAAGAAACUGGCCGACAUCAUAUAAUGGCACAGUGCGCUGUGGACACGGGCACGCUAUUCAGCUUCCUGCAUCCCUUGAGGACGCACCUGAAGGCUUCCUCAAGGCUCCAUUGGUUGACAACGCGUCACAAGCCCUCCAAGUCAUGCAGAUAAGCGUGUACGCAUACUGGAAAGUGAUCCAUAAGAUCCUCAUCGACAUUAUUCCGAAAGAGCUCCGUUUCUGA